AUGACUAGGCAUUUUGAGCAUGUGAACAAGUUUGUAAACAGCAUCAACAAACCCAUUGCAGCUGAGGAGACCAACUCAAAUAGUGAGGGCAGUGACUGUGAGUGCUCUCCGAGCAUCAGAAACUCUCCUGAGAAUCGUGUACUCAUCAAACGCAUGAUGAUUAAAUGUGCAGAUGUAGCCAAUCCAUGCCGACCUCUGGAUUUAUGUAUAGAAUGGGCCGGGAGAAUCUCGGAGGAGUAUUUCGCUCAGACCGAUGAAGAAAAAAGACAAGGUUUGCCGGUGGUGAUGCCAGUAUUUGACCGGAACACCUGUAGCAUACCUAAAUCCCAAAUAUCAUUUAUAGAUUAUUUUAUCACAGAUAUGUUUGAUGCGUGGGAUGCUUUUGCACAUCUGCCAAACCUCAUACAACACUUAACUGAGAACUACAAGUAUUGGAAGUCAUUAGAUGAGUUAAAGUGUAAAAGUCUCAGGUACCCAUCUGACUGCAACAAAUAA